CGAGGCCGCUCUGCUCUUACCGCCAACUGCCACCACCUGGCAGCUCCCCGGAUGUUCGCAGCAAGAUGCGGGGCUAGCCUGCUUCGCUCCUGCGUUUCGUCGCUCACAACAACUGCAGCAUCCUCUACCCGCAGCACGGCCUUCUCGCAGGCGAGUGCUUUUGCGCCGCGCAGCUACGCUACCGAAGCAGCGUCUGGAAUCAAUGCCGCCCUAGCACGGACAGAGGUGCUUUUCAAAACAUACAAGCCCAUCACACCGGGCAUCCGACACCUCAAGCGGCCCCUCGCACCCCACCUGUGGAAGGGUCGACCUCUGCGCCUGCUCACCGUCGCCCAGCGGAAAAAGGGUGGUCGCAACGGCCACGGGCACAUCACCGUCCGCUCGCGCGGUGGAGGACAUAAGCGUCGCAUCCGUCUCGUCGACUUCAUGCGCAGUGAGCCCGGCCCGCACGACGUCGUCCGCGUGGAGUACGACCCGAAUCGCUCUGCGCACAUAGCCCUCCUCAAAAAUCGCGACCCGAAUGUAUCCGGGGACAAAGUCUGGAGCUACAUCCUCGCAUGCGAAGGCCUGCGUGCGGGCCAUGUCAUCCAGAGCUUUAGGCAGGGCAUCCCCGAGGGAUUCGUCGCUGGCUUCGUGGACUCGAAGGAGCUCCGCGGGAGUUCGCUACAGCAGCAGUCAGAAGACACGCAGUCGACGUCCACGGCGUCGCUCGUCCUCGGUAUGCUGCGCCAGGUAACGGUCAAGCCGGGCAACGUCCUUCCACUGCGCCUCAUCCCCGUCGGCACCAUCAUCCAUAACGUCUCGCUCGACCCUGAGGGCCGGGCCAUCCUGGUGCGCGCCGCGGGCACUUGGGGCCAGGUUGUUACCCACGAAGCGUCCGGGCGGUAUUCGCAUGUCCGGCUGCAGAGUGGUGAGGUGCGGAAGGUGCUGCAGGACUGUGUUGCGACGAUUGGGAAGGUCAGCAACCCGCUGUGGAAGAACCGUAACCUCGGAAAGGCUGGUCGGGCGCGGUGGCUGGGCCGCAGACCCCACGUUCGUGGUAUGGCCAUGAAUAGGUGCGAUCACCCUCACGGAGGUGGACGUGGAAAGUCCAAGGGUAACAAACAGCCGCGGUCGAUAUGGGGUUGGGUCUCGAAGGGCGUGCGGACGCGUAAGCCGGGUCCGAAGGGUCCCAAGAACAGCAACAAGUUGGUUGUUCACGAGAGACCUCGGGGCAAGGAGAAGCGUAUGGGGGGGCGGUAGAGCUGUCUUUUACUACACUAUCAUACACGUCAGGCUAUUCAGCUGGUUCCACUGCUCUGGUGUCUGGCCCGCACGUCCCUUCGUUGUGCUACGCGAACGAUAUGUAUCUGAACACAUCCGCGUUCCAGCAGGCUGGCCUUGGACUGCUGGUGCUGCUCAUCCUUCCUCCUCGCUUCAGGCCUGUGCUGAGGCAUACUACUGGUCCUUGCGAUAGAUCACCAGCGUGAGCUGCCUUGCCCAUCGCUGUCUACAGUAUGUUUACACACAUACCAAUGCCCGAGUUCAAUCUUUAU